CUAGUUUGGGUCUGCCAUUUCAAAUGUCCCUUCGACACUCCCACCACCGUCAUCCCAUGCACUAAGAAACAUCGACUCUCUUUGUCUAUAUCGUAUUGGCCGAUUUGAUUAUCAAUAUCACUACACCGAAGCUUAACCUACAUUUCUCCGUUGUGUGCCAGCAUACUGCCAACGUGUCAUUUCCACUGCCAGUCGACCACUAUAUAAUCCGAGGGAAUUUUCUUUCGCGACCAAAAACCUCUUCCAAUAUGGCACAAACAUCCAAUUACAAUGUCAUUAAGCUCCUUGUCCUCGGUCUUAUUUUCCAUCUCGCCUUCAUCUACUCAGUCUUCGAUUGCUACUUCACAAGUCCGGUUGUUCAUGGGAUGGAAAGACUCAGUGCCGGAGAGGCUGAGGCCAAAAGAUUAGUACUGAUAAUAGGCGACGGUUUGCGCGCGGAUCUAUUGUUCGAAAAGAAUGGUUUUCCUCGGUACCCAAGGGCACCAAAAAUUGUAGCACCACAUCUACGCACCAUUGCAGAAGAGAGAGGAGCGUUUGGUAUCUCUCAUACCCACGUCCCUACAGAAAGUCGUCCCGGCCAUGUCGCUAUUAUUGCUGGAAUGUACGAAGAUGUGUCGGCUGUUACAAGGGGAUGGAAAAUGAACCCAGUCCAUUUUGACUCAGUCUUCAAUCAAUCUAGCCAUACAUUUGCCUUUGGCUCGCCUGAUAUAAUUCCAAUGUUUCAACGCGGUGCGACUCCGGGCAAAGUCGAAGGCUGGUCAUAUAAUGAAGAGGACGAAGACUUCACGAAAGAUGCUACCGCGUUAGACGUAUGGGUUCUAGACCAUUUUAGAACGCUGUUGAAGAAUGCGACGACAGAUUCUGUUCUUAACUCUCAACUAAGGGAAGACAAAGUCAUCAUUUUCCUGCAUCUCUUGGGUCUAGAUACUACUGGUCACUCCUAUCGUCCCCACUCAGAGGAGUAUAUGAAGAACAUUCAAAUAGUGGACAAUAUCGUCAAAGAGACAGAGAAACUCAUUAAUGACUUCUAUGAGGACGAUAUGACAAGCUAUAUAUUCACUGCUGAUCACGGAAUGUCCGUGAUAGGAAAUCAUGGCGAUGGGAAUCCUGAUAGCACCCGAACACCAUUCAUCGCCUGGGGAAGAGGUAUUCGAGGACCGCUGACGAAUACCAAACCAUCCUCACAUGACGCGUAUUCGAAACGUUGGGAGAUGAGUACAACUUACCGUCGCGAUAUCGAACAAGCCGAUAUAACACCCAUCAUGGCUACUUUACUUGGUCUCGAUUGGCCGAUCAACUCAGUAGGUGUUCUUCCCGAUGUGGACCCCAGGAAACCUGGCUUUUUGUCCCCCGCGACAGGGCAUAGAAAGGUGGGACUGGCCAGUUUAACGAACGCGGAGGUGAUUCUGGAACAUUACAGAGUCAAACAUGAGCAGAAAAAAGCCAAGAAAUAUUUCUACAAGCCCUUUAAACCCCUAGAACGCCCUGCAAACAGUUCUACCACUGUACCAUAUCGUGAACAUGCGGUGGAGGUCAUUCGCAGAGAACUCCUCGCUGGAAACAAUUUCAAUGCACGGAUGGAAGCUCUGAAUGUCAUUCAAAAUGGAUUAGAAGGAUUGCGAUACCUGGAAACGUACCAACGUACCAUGAUUCGAGCGAUUGCUGCAGCCGCGUAUACGGGAUGGGCCGCGUAUGCGUCCCUAUACGUCUUCCGUCCUCUAAAUUCCAAUAUUCAGUCACAAGCUAAGCAAUCACGUGUAUUCACGACGGUACAUUUAACCAGUUUCUCUGUGUUUUCUGUGUUCUGCGCAAUGUUCGCUCUCGAGGAGGCACCUUGGACAUAUUACUUGUAUAUCGCCUUCCCGUGUUAUUUCUGGGAUCAGACUGUCGCUCAAGUUGGUCUUGCGUUGGACGUGAAACACUUCAAUCUUAAUGCCGGGAAAUUAUUACAUCGCGCGACUUUGGUUGUGACUACGUUGAUUGCUAUGGUGUUUGGUUAUACGCAUCGCUCAAUAUGGAGCGCUGGUCUCGUUUUGAUCGGGUUCUAUUGGCCUCAUGCGACUUGGACCCAAGCUACCAGAGAUCGGCUUGGGAUGAAAUCCGUUUUAUGGACGGUCUCUUGUCUUCUCACUGCAAUUUUCCCGUUAUUGAACGUUGACAAAGAGGAAAAUGUUCCUAUCAUAACAGCUGGAGGUUUUGCACUGGCUGCACUGGGUUCAUUCCAGGCAAAUCGUGUGCUUCAGAAUCCAGCAGUCAAUCGAUCGCUCAAGAAACUGUACAUCGUUCAGAUAAUUUUCAUCGUCGCCAUGGUGUUCAUAACCAGAAAUUCUGCACUUAGUCUACAGGCGAAGACCGGUCUCCCGCCAUUGGCUCAGGCUUCUGGUUGGAUCGUUCUCAUCGCUUCAACUCUUCUCCCUUUCAUUACACCUAUUCGCCACGCCUGUGUCGACUCCAAAAUGUUGAUGUACUUCCUCGGCCUUGGGCCCCUUUUUGUGAUCCUCUCUAUCAGCGACGAAGUGCUCUUCUUUGCUUCAUAUUCGAUCACAUUAUCCCUGUGGGUUGACGUUGAGAGUGCGUUGGCUCAAACAUCUGAAUCGAGGGCUUUACGCAAGGAUGGUUUCAAGACGUAUUCCUUCGAGGUUGACGAUCUGAGAAUUGUAAUGUUUUUCUUGUUUUUCGUGCAGGUCGCGUUCUUCGGGACAGGAAACGUUGCAUCCCUUUCAUCGUUCUACUUGGCCCCCGUGUAUAGACUGAUUCCAGUCUUCAAUCCCUUCUUCAUGGCAGUACCAUUGGUCUGCAAAAUCGUGUCGCCAUACAUCCUCCUUUCCAUAGCCAUUGCCUCAAUAACCCACGCAUUGAGGCUACCCCCGUUCUCUUUGUUCCUCGUAUCGUUAAUGAUCACUGAUGGCUUAACACUGACGUUCUUCUUUAACGUCCGCGAUACUGGAUCGUGGUUGGAGAUUGGACAAACGAUUAGUUUCUUCGUGAUAACGUCGUUAUUGUUAAUGUGGUCUGGGGGUAUCUGUGCGAUUGGAGAAUAUCUUAUGGUGGAUGUGUUUUCCAAAUCUGUCGGUCGAGGAAAGAGGAAGAGUAAUGGGACUACGAAUGGAGAUGGAACUGUACAUUAGCUAGAAAUCAUGUAUUGUAUCAUUUUUGCUCCUAUGAUGCUGGUGUUCUUCA